AGAAUAUUAGCAUGCACCGAUUGUCGUAACGAUGGACGAUGAACCCAAACCCUCUCCUCCAGUGCCUUUCGUCCGGAGCGACACCGACCUCGUCUUUGCUGCGGCUGCUGAAAACGAACUGCUUGCACAAAAUCAAUUGAUUUACUCGGAUCCAGAGCUGAGACCAGGCACGAGCCAGGACCAUGAGACAACGCCACCCGCUCCUGAACUGGAUCAUGGUGACCACACAAUACCGUAUAGUUCGUCAGUGCAUGAAAAUGAACACGACACUCUAAACGUGCCAAAAACGCAGCGACUAAAAAGCGAAAUAGAAAUACGGCAUCAACAUUAUCAGAAACAGAGACAGUAUGCUGAACAACGGCGACAGCGGCGAUUGACGGAUAUUGACUUUGAAGGAAUUCUGAACAUCAUCGGUGGAUGUUCGAAUUGGCAAGUGAUGAUCUAUUUGAUGAUUUCUGUGCAACAAGUACCUCAUGCAAUGUUCAACCUCAGUGUUGUAUAUAUGAUGUAUCAACCAGAUCACUGGUGCAAGAUUCCAUUCUUCAAUGCUGAAGUUUUUGCGGAGAAAAAUUCUACCUCAUACACAUGGGAAGAUGUGCUCAAUUCUCACAUAGCAUUCCCUACAGUGAAAAAUAAACAACGCGGCGAUAUGGAUUGGCAUGAUCAAUGUCAUUAUUACGAACGAAAUUAUGUGCAUCUGAAAAAUCUUCCUUUUUCGCAGGCAGUAAAUUAUUCUACCGAUGACGCUAAAGUGGUUAGGUGCGAACAGUGGGAAUACGAUCAAUCAGUAAUGGAGAAAACGGUAGUGACGGAAUGGAAUAGAGUAUGUGACAACAACUGGAGUCGAGCUCACGUUCAUAUGAGCUACUCGCUCGGUUACCUUGUUGGCGGUCUGUUAGGAGGAUUUGUUAGCGAUCGCUAUGGCAGAAAAACCGCAAUUUAUGGAUUUGGAAUUCUUUCGCUGAUCUUCGGGUUUCUGCUAGGAUAUUCUCGCGAAUUCGAGAUAUUUCUCGUAGUAAGGUUUCUGCUUGCGGCCAGCAACGAAGCUGCUGAUUUAGCUGCCUAUGUAUUGUGUAUGGAGAUCACAGGAGUUAAGUACCGUUCCAUCGUUGGAAGCCUCCUACAAGCACCGUGGGCAUGUGGUUACGCUUUUCUGGCCUUGGUUGCCUAUCUCACCAAGUCAUGGACAACCAUUCACAUGAUAACAGUUGCGCUGCACUGCAUUGCACUGAUAUUUAUACAUUUCUUGCCGGAAUCUCCGCGUUGGUUGAUUAUGAUGAAUCGGGUCGAGGAUGCUGAGAAGAUCAUACGUAAAGCCUGCAAGAAUAACAAAAGUCGUCUGCCGAGCGAUUUGGGACUUGUGCGGCAUGCAGAGAAAAGAAAAUGGAUGAAGAAAGAUGAACGACCUCAUUAUUUCCACCUAUUCCGAGCACCAGAACUACGAGUUCGGAACAUAAUGCUGUUUAUUAUUUGGAUUGCUACUGCACUUGUAUACUACGGGCUCGUUAUUGCAUUAUCUGAUCAAUCAUCACCAGGAAGAUCGGUAUUUGAUGGUAACUUCUUCCUCAACAAUGCAAUAGCAGGUGCGAUAGAAUUGCCAACGCUGGCAGUUUGCGUAUUUUUGCUCAAAUAUGGUCGUAAAAGAUCGCAAAUGAUCACUUUGAUGGGUGCUGGUUCACUUCUCAUGAUUGCUAUGCUAGCGAUGUACAACAAAAGAACAACGAUGGCAUUAAUUUUUAUGUUGCUUGGAAAAGCCUGCAUCCAAGGAGCAUUCAAUAUUCUAUACAUUUUCACAUCAGAAUUGAAUCCUACUAUUGUGCGAAACAGUGCUGUAGGAAUUUCAUCAAUGAUUGCUCGAAUGGGUGCUGGAGCGUCUGGUUACAUUGCUAUACUCUCUGAUGUUACAUUACCUAUAGUGCCUAUGCUCAUAUUCUCAGUAUUUUCACUUUGUGCAGGUAUACUUGUGAUAUUCCUCCCCGAAACUCAGGACCAACCGUUGCCAGAUACUAUAUGGGAUGCUGUGAGCAUGCUCAAGACCAAACAAAAGCCUUGUAUACCAUUCGCAGACGAUGCGGCAGAUAAUGAACUCUUGAAAGAAAAGGAUGUAUAUAAACCAGCAGAGCCAAAAACUGCUGAUUGA